CGCGGCCGCGUCUCCUCCCCCGUCUCCCCCCUUUAAAUUUCGAACCCUCUCCCCCGUUUCCGGCCUCACACGAAUCGCGCCCGCUCCCCCCAACCAAUCCCCAUCCCGGGCGCCCGCCGGCAGGCGGCAGCGACCCGCCGCGGGCGAGAGCAUGGAGGUUGGCGGCGGGAUGGACGCGCUCCCGGACGGCGUCGUGCAGCACAUCCUCUCGCAGCUCAGCAGCGCCCGCGACGUGGCGGCCUGCGCCGCCGUCGCCCGCUGCUGGCGCGGCUGCGUGCCCUACCUCCCGUCGCUCUACUUCCCGCGGGGCGCCUUCGAGGCCGCCGCGGCGGCCGACGACGCCAUCGGCCGGAUGGUCGCCGCCGCCGCGCGCCUCGAGGAGCUCGUCGUCUACUGCCCCUUCUCCGCGUCGCUGCUCCCGCGCUGGCUCGCGGCGCGGGCCGCCACGCUGCGCGUCCUCGAGCUGCGGGUCGACUCCGCCGCCGCCGACAAGUCGGGGUCGGGGUCGGGCCAGGGCCACCACCUGGACUGCGUCGGCGUCGCCGCGGGCCUCGAGGAGCUCCGGCUCUGGGGGCUCAUCAUGACGGCCCCGCCCGCGUGGGGCCGGAUGGAGCGGCUCCGCGUGCUGGAGGUGGUCGGCGCCGUGCUCGGGGAGGCCGCGGUCAACGGCGCCGUCGCCGCCUGCCCCAACCUCACCGACCUCGCGCUGCUGGGAUGCGAGUGCGCCGGCGAGGCGGCCAUCUCGCUCCCCCUGCUCGAGCGCUGCCGCCUCGACUUCGUCGGCGCGGGGAACUGCUCUCUCAGGCUCGCCGCGCCCCGCGUCGAGUCCCUCGAGGUCCAGGGCUUCUGCUGGAUCUCGCUGCAAGGCGGCGACCGCCUCAAACACCUCACAAUCUCCAUGACCACUGGGAGUGUGUAUCAUGUCGAGACGGGGAAGCUCCCGGAGUUGGACCGGCUCUCGCUGCGCGGCGUCCAGUGGAGCUGGGGCGCUAUCAGCUCGGUCCUGCAGUGCGCCGCCGAGGUGAAGCACCUGGUGAUGAAGGUUGAGUUCUGCGGCGAUUUUGACACGCUCCAGUCGUUCCCGGAGAUCGACCUCGUUGAAUUCUUCAACAGCCACCCGAAGCUUUGCAAGUUCGAGAUCCACGGCGCCAUGUUUGCCGCGCUGUGCCAGAAGAACAGCUUGAAGAAUUUGGAUUCAAGGUUCGUGAUACCUUGCUUGGAGCAGGUCCUGGUCACCGUGCGGUCACCUCUGAAUGCCGAGCAGAAGCUGAGCACCCUCGAGUCCCUUGUCAGGUACAGCGUGAGGCUACGAAGGAUGACCAUUAGGAUCUCGCAGAUGAAGAAUUGCCAUGAUGGUGCUGAUGAUUUCUUUGAGGAGAUUUGCAAGUUCACUCGCAUGAAUAGAGGGAGAGUGUGCAUAGAGUAGAAGAGGUGCUGCAUUGUGCCAUCCUUGAAAUGAGUUGCUGCUGAACUGAGGCAAUUUAACUCAAUGCUCUUUGUGUAGGACGAUUUAUUUCAAUAAUUUAUCGUGAUAUUUGUUGCUCAUCUGAACUGGAAUGUGUCUGGGCUUCAGCAUGUCUGGAGAUCAUUUGGUUCUAUUUUUCAAUAGUGUAAGUUUUGU